AUGCCUAUGCCGCAUCAUGAUGAAGUUUUACCUUCUCCGCCAAUACAGCGAUCAAUAGCAAUUCCCAAGCGACAAGAGGGAGCACCGCCGGUGUGUCCGACCGACGAGGAGGCCAUAACGCCGAGGAAGCCGGUGGUGAGGAAGAGGCAUGAUACUGCUAGUUUGGAUUAUGUCUUGCGGAGUGGGUUGGCUGGAGGGUUGGCGGGGUGUGCGGCAAAAACACUGAUUGCACCUCUGGAUCGAGUCAAGAUUCUGUACCAGACGUCCAAUCCCGAUUUUCAGCGGUAUACUGGUCGGUGGACAGGCGUCUUCGAAGCAGCAGGAGCACUGUACAAGCAAAAUGGAAUCCUCGGCCUAUUCCAAGGCCACAGCGCAACACUCCUCCGGAUUUUUCCUUACGCAGCCAUCAAAUUCGUAGCCUACGAACAAUUCCGAGCCGUCCUCAUCCGAAAACGGGAACACGAGAUCGGUUGGAGAAGGUUCAUGGCUGGAUCCAUGGCCGGUGUGACGAGUGUGUUGUUUACGUACCCUUUGGAGGUUAUUCGUGUACGGCUCGCGUUUGAGACGAGGGCUGAUCAUCCGACGAGUUUUUCGCGGAUAUGUCGGGAGAUUUACCAUGAGCGGGAUCACUUUUCGAUAUUGCCGAAGAGGAAGGGUGGGGCUGUUGCGGGGACUACGUUGCACCCGGCGGGAGAGACGAUCGUACAGGCUGAACUUGCGCAGGCCGCAAAGGCGGAGACUGCGGUGGUACCUGUAACGAGACCAUUGACGGGUAUUGCCAACUUUUACCGGGGCUUUGCACCGACGAUUGCGGGCAUGCUACCGUAUGCUGGAGUUUCGUUCUGGACGCAUGAUAUGAUAGGGGACGUUUUCCGGUCGCCAAAUUUGUGCCAGUAUACGGUGCUGCCAUUGCGGGAUGAUCUCCCGGCCGACUCUCCGCGGCGACGGAGACCGCCACUCACGGUGUGGGCGGAGCUGACAGCAGGUGGGUUGGCGGGUAUGCUGUCACAAACAGCAUCUUACCCACUCGAGGUCAUCCGCAGACGCAUGCAAGUGGGCGGAGCAGUCGGUGACGGCCGAGUAAUCGGAUUCUCAGAGACGGCGAGAACGAUAUGGCAAGCAAAGGGAAUGAGAGGAUUCUUUAUCGGGUUGAGCAUUGGGUACGUCAAGGUUAUUCCUAUGGUUAGUUGCAGUUUCUUCGUGUACGAGCGGAUGAAGUUGGCGUUGGAUAUCUAAGGGCGGCAUACAUCUUAAAAGUCCGGGCGAGUUGAAGGAAAGCGCAGUGUACG